GUAGUGGUGAGGCCAGUGUGGAGCGAGGAUGGUGCGUGUCUUUAUGGUUCUCAAAGGCGAGGGGGCGCUGGGCCCCGCCCCCACCAUGACGUCAUCGUCCAGCCGCCCGCCCCGCUUCGUGCAGUGUUAUGUCUGCCAUAAGCAGUUUGGCUCUCACUCUAUAGACAUCCAUGAGCCCAAGUGUCUCGGCAAGUGGAGGGCCUUCAACGCCACGCUCCCUAGGAACCGGCGGGAGGCCACGCCGUCACCCCCGCCGGGACACCCGCACCACCAGGAGCACCACCUGCGCCCGGAGAUGUCACCCACGCCCGCGGCCUACACGCCCACCUCCGACCCCGACGACCUCAGCUCCUCCUGGCACGACCCCCAGCAUCAGCGACUCCGACGACCACGGUCCGCGUCGUACGGCGACCUCUCCGCCAAGAACCGGCCCGCCACCGCUACCCUCAAGAAGCCCAAGGUGCUGGACCUGAGCCUGAGGAACGCGGUGGACAUGAGCCAGAUGACCCGCAGUAUGGUGGACCAGCUCAUCCUCUCCCGGGACUCACAGUCCGGCUUCAGUGACUAUUCCAGUGACUUCACCUCCUCGUCCCCGUCCUCCGUCGGCAGCAAGAGUCCCUUUGAUGACUCGGGCGACUCUGAGAACGAGAGCAGGAGGGCGCGCCCGUCAACAAUGCGACUCCCGCGCCCGUCCCGGAACAUCGCCGUCCCCGUCAUCACCUCGGCGUCCCGUCCCACCAAGAGGACCUCGUCCCUCCGGUCCUUCAUCCCCAGGAACAGGCGGCGACAAGUCGAGGAGGUGUUUACGGGGCCCAAGAAUAAAGUCAAGAUCCCUGAGCCUUGCCUGACGUGCGGGAAGGAGCAGAACCCGGAGCGCUUCCAUAGCCACCCGUUACACAUGCAGAAGUUCAAACCCAAGUCAGAGGACAAGAACAAGAGCAAGCAGCUCAACAAACUCAUCGUCACCAAACCCACCGCCCUCAAGUACAAGAGUAAGAGUUUUGAUGACGAGAAGAAGAGCUCUGGCAGGAAGAGCAAGUUAAAACCUCCAAACGCAAUAAAUCUGAAGUCGAGGAGUGUGGAGACGUCGCCUGUGCUCACUAAGAAGGCAGAUGCUGCGGAAAAAACUGUGCCUUUAAAGAAAUUUAUCCAAAAUCAAAAGGCUUCCAUUGCAAAGGGACAAAAAGACUUUAAUAUAGAAAUAUACGGCAGAGACGUUUCCCCUUCUCAACAAAGUGAAAAUGGUAUCAGUCCGUUAUCUCAAAGAAAACGGGAAGUUACUGUGAAACAAAACAAAUUGAACAGUGAAAAAAGUGUUAGCCAGCAGAGAGCGUCACAUCCCCCUCGUCACAUUGGUAAGAUCGAGGAGGAGAGUGAAGGUUCGUGUGAGCCUGGCAGUAACUCGGGCUCCCGGGGCGCAGUCAGCAGCCAGCCUGGCAGUAACUCGGGCUCCCGGGGCGCAGACAGCAGCCAGCCUGGCAGUAACUCGGGCUCCCGGGGCGCAGACAGCAGCCAGCCUGGCAGUAACUCGGGCUCCCGGGGCGCAGACAGCAGCCACCCCAGCAGUAACUCGGGCUCCCGGGGCGCAGACAGCAGCCAGCCUGGCAGUAACUCGGGCUCCCGGGGCGCAGACAGCAGCCAGCCCAGCAGCAACAGAGGGAGCACAGCACCCACCAUGGUCUGUUACAUCUGUGGCCGAGGCUUCGGCAGCAAGUCCCUCUCCAUCCACGAGCCCCAGUGCCUCGAGCAGUGGAAGAGAGGGAACGACCGCCUGCCCAAGCAGCUCCGUCGGGCGGCACCGGAGAAGCCUGACCAGCCCCUCACACACGAGGAGUGGAACAAGUUCGCCUGGGAUUCUGCACAGGCGCAGCUGGUGCCGUGUGAGUGGUGCGGGAGGACCUUCUUCCCCGAGCGGCUGGAGGUGCACCAGCGAGGGUGUAAGCCGCCACCAGGAGCACCCAAGAAGACGCUCAAGGCGCGGCCGGAGUCGUCAGCCACGGUGCUGAACGCGUCCAUGGGCCCGGCCAAGCCCACCAUAGUCUGCUACAUCUGCGGGCGAGAGUUCGGCAGCCUCUCCAUCGCCAUCCACGAGCCCCAGUGUCUGAGGAAGUGGAAGGUGGAGAACGAGAACCUUCCUCACCACCUACAGCGACCACAACCUCGCAAACCUGACGUCAUCUAUGAUGAGGGCGGCAAUAUCAACCGGGAGGCCAUGGCGGAGGCGGCGUGGCAGACGCACCUGGAGCAGCUGGUCAAGUGCGAGAAGUGCGGCCGCACCUUCUUCCCGGACCGCCUCAUCGUCCACCAGAAGGCCUGCCUCAGGGACGCCUAGGGCGUCUCAUCGUCCACCAGAAGGCCUGCCUCAGGGACGCCUAGGGCGUCUCAUCGUCCACCAGAGGGCCUGCCUCAGGGACGUCUAGGAGCCACAACCUGCCGCCUCCAGCACUACCUGCCAUGGAUAUAAAUCAGGAAUUUGAUGCUGCUUCUCAUUCUCUUAUUUUUUUACUCCUCUUGGUCCUUAACUGCCUCUGCCUCCUCCUCCUCCUCUUCUCUGGCAUCGAUAGUGACCCUGGUGAUGCUAUACAAGAGUGGAUAAUGCAAUCAAUUCUUUUAAUUUGUAUCUAAUCAUUCAUUUUCUUUAAACUUUUCUCUCCUCCAUAAUAUCAUUCAAUCUCCUUCAGUCUCCUCCUACAUUUUCUCUUCGUCCUUUCUUUUGUCUUUCACCUUGUUCUCCACCUUUACUCCAGGAGCCAAGAAUUACAUGUAGACAUUCCUCCUGCUCGGGGCCUCGGUCAAAGAAACCAGCAGUUGAUCAAGGACGACAUCAAGACCACAGGCAACAACCUUAAGUAUUGCCUGAAUGACCUCAAUCCUGUCACAAUCAAACUCUGAUCACUCUGCCUCUGAUGACUUGUAAAUCUCCCGCCAAUAUCCACACAUCUCCCCCCGAAAAAGAUAUUGGAUCUGAGGCAUACCAUCGCAAUAUAUAUCUGCUUUUGUUCCGACAGUUCGGGAAGAUAAUCAUCUUACGGUUUAAAUAAUCAUCUUACGGGGUAGGUAAUCAUCUUACGGUGAAGAUAAUCACCCUAGUGCUACACUAGACACAAAGUAGCUCUAGAUGGGCAGGCUAAAGAGUGGUUUCAAGAUUCAACUUUAAUGGCCAAGAAUUAUGUGAUUCACCUGGAAGGUCCUUGACUCAUCUAGGAGGUACCUGAUUCACCUGGGAGAUAUUUGACUCAUCUGGGAGAUAUUUGACUUACGUGGGAGGUACCUGACUUACCUGAGAGGUACCUGACUCACCAGUGAGGUAACUGACUCACCACAGACUCACCAGUGAGGUAUCUGACUCACUUCGUAGGAACAUGACUCAACUGGAAGGUACGUGACUCACGUGUAACGUACCUGACUCACCAGAGACACAGAGAAUGCUUAAGAUUAUGUUGUAUUGGUUACCGUAAACAAACAAUAUACUGUAUUAUUUAACACUCACUUCACUUGGUGUGAAAUGACUCCAUUGAGCUCCGACGGUGUAUAAUGUGUGUAAAUAUAAAGUAUUUUAAUUCA